CCCAUUCCUCGUCGACGCCAGAGGUUCGUUACCGCCAGAGGUGACAAAACACCGCAUCGUCAAGAAUGAAGUUCAACAUUGCCAACCCCGCAACCGGGGCCCAAAAACUCCUCGACAUCGAUGACGAAAAGCGAUUCCGUGUCUUCUACGACAAGAGGAUCUCUCAAGAAGUUCCUGGCGACUCUUUGGGCGAUGAAUGGAAGGGUUACAUUUUCCGAGUUACCGGUGGUAACGACAAGCAGGGUUUCCCCAUGAAGCAGGGUGUUCUCGUCCCCAACCGUGUCCGUUUGCUCCUUUCCGAUGGCCACUCCUGCUUCCGCCCUCGCCGAAGCGGUGAGCGCAAGCGCAAGUCCGUCCGUGGCUGCAUCGUCGGCCCCGAGAUCGCCGUUCUCUCCCUCGUUAUCGUCAAGCAGGGUGAGCAGGAGAUCCCCGGAUUGACCGACGUCGUUCUGCCCAAGCGUCUCGGUCCCAAGCGAGCCACCAAGAUUCGCCGAUUCUUCAACCUCUCCAAGGAGGACGAUGUCAGGAAAUACGUCGUUCGCCGUGAAGUCAAGAGCGCCAAGAACCCUGACGCUAAGCCUUACACCAAGGCCCCCAAGAUCCAACGAUUGGUCACCCCCCUCCGCCUCCAACGUCGCCGACACCUCAACGCCAUCAAGCGCCACAGAAUAGAGCGACAGAAGGAACAAAAGGCGGAAUACGACGCCCUCCUUGCCAAGCGUCUGGCAGAGAAAAAGGCCAAGGUCGCUGCUAUCAAGGCUGCCCACAAGACAGCUUAAUUGUAACCCUCGAUGCUUGGAUGGACUGUCGGAUGAUUUCUGGAUUUUGCCUUCCUUCACAUGUAGUUGUCCCUGUCCAUCCUUGACUCUCGCAUAUAUUUCAUUCGAUCCAUGCAAUCCUCUGGCGGUAUAUAUCCCGUUCC